AUGGAGUUCCUCUCGCAGAUGUGGUCGUUCCUGGGGCUGCUCACUGUGCUUCAGAAUGUGUUGCCGUCGCAGCUGCUGAGGCUCCUCCACUCUCUGUGGCAGUCCCUGCAGGACGCGCUGACGCCCUACUCUUACUUCGACGUCCCCGAGUUCAACGGCUCCUUUGCUGUAGAGCCCAACGACCUCUACCGCCAUGUCCUCCUCUACCUCCACUCAUCUCUCCUCGACGGUGGCCAUCAUCCGAAUCCAUCCACCAGGCUCAUCCUCUCCCGGCCGAGAAACUCGCCGCAGCUUUCACUGUCAGUGGCUCCAAACCACGCCGUGGAGGACCAGUACGAGGGCCACCGCCUCCUCUGGGCCCACAACGUGGACACCGUCCAGGACUCGCUGGAGGAGCGCCGGUGGUUCUCCCUCCGCGCGCCUAAGCGCUUCUCCCGCUCCGGCCUCCUGCUCCCCUACCUGUCUCACGUCUCCGGUAGCGCCGCCGACUUCGAGCACCUCUCCCGGGACCGCCGGCUGUACACUAACGUGUCCUCCGCCACCGGAUGCGGCGGCGGCGGCGGGUGCUGGGCCUCCGUCCCCUUCCGGCACCCCGCCACCUUCGAGACACUGGCCCUGGAGCCGGUGCUCAAGUCGCGCCUCCUCGCGGACCUCUCCGCCUUCGCCGCCGGCCGCGACUUCUACAGCCGCGUCGGCCGCGCGUGGAAGAGGGGAUACCUCCUCCACGGGCCCCCGGGGUGCGGCAAGUCCAGCCUCGUCGCCGCCAUGGCCAACCAUCUCCGGUACGACGUGUUCGACCUGGAGCUAACCAAGGUCUCCGGCAACUCCGAGCUCCGCUCCCUCCUCAUCCAGACCACCAACCGCUCCAUCAUCGUCAUCGAGGACAUCGACUGCUCUCUAAACCUGACCGCGGAUCGCGCCGCGAAGGAGGCCACCUCCUCCAGAGCAAGGCGCUCAACGAGGAGCAGGCAUCAUAGGGAGGAGACGGACGGAUCUGAGGACGACGACGACGGCACAAGCCAGCGCGUGACUCUCUCCGGCCUCCUCAACUUCACCGACGGCCUCUGGUCCUGCUGCGGGGAGGAGCGGAUCAUCGUCUUCACUACCAACCACAAGGACGGCGUCGAUCCGGCGCUCCUGCGCUCGGGGAGGAUGGACGUCCACCUGAGGCUGGGGGCCUGCGGCCCCCACGCCUUCCGAGAGCUGGUGAGAAGCUACCUUGGGGUGGAGGACCACGGCCUCAUCGCCGUGGCGGAGAGUUGCAUCAGAUCCGGCGGCGCUCUGACGCCGGCGGAGAUCGGCGAGGUGCUCCUGCGGAACCGUGGCGACGCCGACGCGGCGAUCUCGGAGGCGGUGGCGGAGAUGCAGGCGCGCGCUCUGGCCUGCGGCGGCAACGUCAAGGGGAGCAGCGAUGGCGGAGAAGGGGACUCGGAGAUGGACGAGAGGGAGCAGCCGGAGUCCCCCGGGGGGAGCUGGGAGAUGGUAACUGCUGCCUCCGGGGGGUCUUUUUUGAAGGCGGGAGGGAAGAGGAAGGCGGGAACGGUUACGGUGGGGUCCACCAACUGGGAGAAGAAGGUCAAGUUCCUCGCGAGGCUCCGCAGCUUGACCAAGUCCGACUCCGGUCGGCGAGGGGUGUAG